UCACUCGCUUCUGUUAUAAUUAUUUUUUUUCUUAAGAACUAAUAAUUUAUCUGUUUCUUUCUCUUGCUCUAAAUCUACGAGAAUCUAAGAUCAUUAUUCUUCGCGAAAUAAGAAAUACUGUCCGGUGGUUCGAUGAACGAUUGAUUAAGUGAGAGAGAAACAAGUCUUCACGAUGGGAAUGACAUUGAGUCGUAUGUGGAACUGGAUAUUUGUCAAAAGGAAACAUUGGAAAUUUCUUAUGGUCGGACUUAACGGCGCCGGGAAAACAACGAUACUAAACAGACUAAUGCGGGGAAAAGUGUAUGCAACAGCCACAAGCGGCGGUCUGAACGUAAUGAGAGUGGAUUACCACAACCUCACCAUUAACGUGUUUGAUGUCGGCGAAGAGAAAUCUCUGCGUGUAUAUUGGGGACAUUUUGCCCAGGAUGUUGAUGCUGUUAUUUACGUGGUGGACGCAGCCGCUUCCGACGGAAUGCAGGUGGCCAGGGAGGAGCUGGAGGCUGUUGUGAGUUUCCUGAUGCUGUUUUAG